CGAGCCUCUCUCUUUUUCUUUUUAUCUCCCCCCCCCUCCUCCAUCUGGCCCAGGCUCAAAGAUUUGGAAAGAGAUAACCUGACGGAGAAGGAGUGCGUGAAGGAGAAACUGAACCUUCUGCGGGAAUUCCUGCACGCCGAGCUCCAGGCUCAGCUGGGUGACCUGGAAAGCAAGUUACAGACCGAGGAGCUGUCCGAGGAAGCCUACCUGGCUAAAGUCAAAUCCCUUUUAAAUAAAGAUCUGUCGGCGGAGAACGGAGGAGCCCGCGGCCCCCAGGCCAACGGCCGGCCCGAGCCCCCCGGCAGAGGCAGAGGCAGAAGCAGGAUGGCAGAACCCGCCAGGACCCCCCAGUCCUCGCCCAAGCUGGUGGCCCCGCGGAGGGGAAGAAGCAGGUCGAAUGGCGAGGCCAGGGCCGAAGCCUCGCCGAGCCCCCGCGUAACCCGACAGACCACCAGGCAGACUAUGAUCACAGCUCACUUCACAAGGGGCCCUGCCAAGCGGAAGCCCAAGGAAGACUCGGACAGGUCCUCCUCCGAAGACUCAGUGGAGGAGGAAGAAACAGACCAGGAGGAAAAGAGACGCCGAGUGAUCACCACAGAACCAGUCCCUGGGACGUCCCAGCAGCAGUCACCACAGCAGUCGGAGGCAGUAUCAUCAUCGAGGACUCGUCAGGCAGAGGAACGCAGCGACGGGGAGAGAGAAGAGAAGCGACGCAGAAGUCGAAGCAGAGAGGCAACCCCUCGACAGAGAGUGAAGGAAGAGUCCAGCCAAGAGACCAGAGCGUCAACCAUUAAAUCGGAGCCCAUGAGCGAAGAGGAAAGGGACGAACGGAAGCUCAGAAGUCAACCCAAAGACCUGGCUGCCAAACGGAGACCUGAAGAGAAAGAAUCUGACAGAGGGAAACCACAGACGCCGGACAGCAAAGACGAGGAUGAAAAGGAGGAGAAACGACGCAGAGUUACCCCCAAAGAACCGUAAGAAUCCAUUUCGGAGGGGUCGGGCGGUAGCGCA